AGAUAAUAUAAACAAGACCUUGAUAUCAACCUAGCAGUUACAAGUUAGAUUAACAGUGUGCCAGCAGAAAGUCUAGAUAAAAUUCAAUAAUAUGAAGUGUUUCCUGAAAUAUUCCAAACACUGUGAUUAUCCAAUACAAAAUCUUCCAUACGGAGUAUUUUCAACAGAUAAAGAUCCAACUCACAGAAUAGGUGUUGCCAUUGCUGAUUCAAUACUAGAUUUGAGAGAAAUUUCCCAUUUGUUCACUGGCCCAGAACUACAGAGCCAUCAGCAUGUUUUCAAAAAAGAAACGUUGAACGAUUUUAUGGCUCUAUCUCCAAAAGCUUGGAAAGAAGCAAGAGAAACUAUUCAGACAUUGCUAUCUGAUGGCAAUCCUACGAUUCAAAAAAAUCCAGAGCUGAUGAGCAGAGCCUUCACUUCACAAUCAGAUGCAACCAUGCAUCUUCCAGCACACAUCGGAGAUUACACAGACUUUUAUUCUUCCUUACACCAUGCAACCAAUGUUGGAAUUAUGUUUAGAAGCAAAGAAAAUGCCUUAAUGCCAAACUGGAAAUCUCUGCCUGUUGGUUACCAUGGAAGGGCUAGCUCUGUGGUAAUAUCAGGUACCCCCAUCCACAGACCACAUGGACAAACCCUACCAGUUGAAGGAGCUCCCCCAGUGUUUGGACCAAGUAGGCUGAUGGACUUUGAAUUAGAAAUGGGGUUCUUUGUUGGAGGAGCAACACAACUGGGCGAACCUGUGGAUGUUGAGAAGGCCCAUGAACAUAUUUUCGGAUUUGUCAUCGUAAACGACUGGAGUGCUAGAGACAUCCAGAAAUGGGAAUACGUCCCUCUUGGUCCAUUCCUAGCCAAGAAUUUAGGAACCACAAUAUCACCAUGGGUGGUAACCACCUUAGCGUUGGAACCAUUCAUCACAGAUAACUUCCCUCAGGAUCCACAACCACUUCCAUAUCUGCGACACUCUGAUAACUUCAAUUUUGACAUCAAUCUCCAAGUGGACAUAGCACAACAAGGAAGUAAUGUAUCUACAACCGUAUGCAGAUCAAACUACAAAUAUCUGUACUGGACUGCCAAGCAGCAACUAGCUCAUCAUACCAUAUCUGGUUGUAAUUUGAACCCAGGAGAUCUCAUGGCCAGUGGAACGAUAAGUGGAGAGAGUUCGGAUUCUUUCGGGAGUCUGCUGGAGUUAUCUUGGAAGGGCACUAAACCUCUGAACUUAUUAGAUGGAUCACAAAGGAAAUUCUUACAAGACGGAGAUACGGUCAUAAUGAAAGCAGUAUGUGAAGGAGACAGCUAUAGUAUAGGUUUUGGUACCUGUGUAGGAACAUUAUUGCCAGCGAAAAAAUUGGCAUGGCUCUCUUGAAUAACCCUUGUAUAUUCAUGUAAAGGUUCUUCGAAUAAUCAUACAAUAUCGUAUGAGUACAGAGAUACAAGUUUUAUAUUUACUAUGUUUCGUACUUUAACACUAGUUGUAUUAUUGAGGAAUAAAAUUAUUCCAGAUGGUA